CAUUCCCUCCUUCUGAACCUGAUGAUCUCUUCCCUCCGGACCACUGCAUCUAACCCUCUCACUCUCCUGGAACCAACCUCCACCAUCAAAGAACUUCACCAAAUACACGCUCAGCUCCUUGUCCGUGGCCACCUCGGCGAUCCUCCUCUCCUCUCCAAAUUCAUCUCAGUCCUCGCCCUCUCUCAGAACAACCCUCAACAUCUCCCCUACUCCCGCCAAAUCCUCGACUACUCGCCUUCUUCACCCACCAUCUUUGCCCUCAAUUCCCUAAUUCGCGCCCAUUCCAAACCCCCAUUUAACCCUCUCGAAGGCUUCAGCUACUACCGCCAAGUCCUCCAAUCCCCUUCCCUCUCUCCCGACAACUUCACUUUCACCUUCCUAAUCCGUGCCUCCGCCCAUCUCACCUCUGUCUGUAUUGGCGCGGCCGCUCAUGCCGCUGCGUUCAAGCGAGGCCAUGCCAACGACCCACACGUCCAGAGUGGUCUCAUCCACAUGUACUCCUCUUUUCGUUCCAGCACUGCUUGUCACCGCAUAUUUGAAGGAAUACUGAACCCUGAUGUUGUCACACAGACUGCCAUGAUCGGUGCCUAUGCAGCCUCUGGUGAGAUUGAGUUUGCUCGUAAGAUGUUUGAGGAAAUGCCUCACAGAGAUGCUAUCUCCUGGAACGCAAUGAUAGCCGGGUACUCAAAUGUGGGUCGAUGUAGAGAGGCUUUGGAGUUAUUUUCAGUGAUGCAGGGUGAGGGUGUGAGUGUGAGUGAGGCCACCAUGGUUUCAGUCCUCACUGCUUGUGCCAACCUGGGAGCAUUAGAUCAGGGAAGAUGGGCGCAUGCAUACAUUCAGAAGAAGAGAAUUCAGCUGACUGUAGAACUUGGUACUGCGCUCAUAGAUAUGUAUUCCAAGUGUGGUUGUGUCGGGAGAGCUAUGGAAGUGUUCGAGUCCAUGCCUGAGAAGAAUGUGUACACUUGGAGCAGUGCAAUGAGUGGUCUUGCUAUGAAUGGAGCAGGCAAACAGUGCAUUGAGGUCUUUGAGCUCAUGGAGAAAGAGAAGUUAGAGCCCAAUCAAAUCACAUUUGUUUCAGUUCUUCGUGGGUGUAGCAUGUCGGGUUUGGUUGAUAGGGGGCUUCGGUACUUUGAUUUGAUGAAGAGUACAUACGGUAUUGAGCCUUGGCCUGAGCAUUAUGGGUGCAUGGUGGACUUGUAUGGCAGAGCUGGGAGACUAGAAGAGGCUUUGCAGUUCAUUAAAUCUAUGCCUUGUAAUCCCCAUACUGGAGCUUGGGGAGCACUGCUUAAUGCAUGCAAAAUCUAUCGAAACAUCGAGUUGGGAGAACUUGCCCAAAAGAAAAUUUUGGAGCUUGAAGCAAUGAAUGAUGGGGCUUAUGUGCUUUUGUCAAACAUAUAUGCUGACUCCAGGAAUUGGAAGGGAGUCAGCAAUGUGCGGGAGUUGAUGAAGGCAAAGGGAGUUAGGAAAGAACCUGGUUGCAGUGUGAUUGAGGUUGCUGGUACUGUUCAUGAGUUCUUUGUUGGGGAUAAAUCUCAUCCAAUGUAUCGGGAGAUUGAGAUCAUGCUGGGAGAGAUUAAUUGGAGGCUGAAACUAGCUGGCUAUGAAGCCAAAACUAAUGAAGUGUUAUUUGACAUUGAGGAAGAGGAGAAAGAGAAUGCUCUUUUUUGGCAUAGUGAGAAACUGGCAAUUGCAUAUGGGCUUAUUGUCCUCAAGGAAGGUUUAACCAUCAGGAUUGUGAAGAACCUCAGGGUUUGUUGGGAUUGUCAUGAUGUGUCCAAGUUUAUAUCAAAAGUUUUUGAAAGAGAGAUUAUUGUGAGAGAUAGGAAUAGGUUUCACCACUUCAAAGAUGGAGUGUGUUCUUGUCAGGAUUAUUGGUGAUACAUUCGGCCAAAAUUUGUCUAUUUAUAAAUAUUUCAAUUCUUAUGAUA